UAAGUUUUUCCUGUAGCGGUCACGGCGAAGUUCCGAUUGACCUAGUUGCAUACACAUGUUCAAUGGCCCGUGUCAUGAAUUAAAUAAAACAGCGGGCCGUGGUGUACGAGUGUGUUGUGUGUUGAAAUGUACCUAGGUCGCUGGAAUAUGGCGCCUUAAGUUGGCUGAGCUUAAAAAUGUGACACAGAGUGCCGAUUUAGAGUGAUGGUAUAUUUUAUUAAAAUUUGGUGGAUUUCAUAUGUGGAUAAAACGAAGCAUACUUUGUGGAUAUUUAAAGUGGAUAACAAAAGUGGAUGGUCUAGGCUACGAUGUUCGUCACGCUCCUCGCCCUGCUGAGUCUACUGUGUAACCAUGGCAACGCCGACCUCACCACUGCCCUCUCGGACAGUUCGGUUCACGUGGGUGAUGACGUCACGUUCGUCUGCGCCUACCAGUUCCAGAACCAGACCGGGGACGAUGACGACGACAUGGACAAUUACGCAAUGAACUACGACUUUAAUCUGAUUCACCUGUCUGGAUUCAAACCCACGAUCAAAGAAGGUCACUACACCGAGCAAGUCGUGGCCACAGUCAACAUCACUGGCGGCUUGACCUCAGUCAUGGGAGGGGAGCAGGUUACAAGCUCUGCUGAACUCCAGGCCGAUUACCGGAAGGUGACCUUGACCCUACACAACGUGACCUUUGAGGACUAUGGAGAAUAUCAGUGCGGGGUUGGCGACAGAGGCGUGUUCAGGGGCAACGUCGUGUUGCUGAAGAUAAUAGGCCCCCCAAGGAUCAUCAAAGACGCGACCGUCCAGCACCUGUCCAAGUUCCCAGCACGGACAUGCUGUGUGUUCGAAUCCUCCCCUCCCCCGUCUAUGUCAUCCUGGACACUGCCCAGUGGUCAGACAGUACAGGACGCACGCAUGGCCCCGAGUGACUGGAACCAGAUUGUAUGGAGCACCAACUACCUGAUCCCCGCCUUUAACUCCAGCUAUGUCGGCAAGUACAGGUGUACUGUGGUUAACCCUUUUGGGAGAGACAGCUUCGAGUUCCUCGUCAAUGACGACACUUUCGUCAGGAUCGAAGAAGACACAGAUGUGGUCAAGCUGAGGGUCAACGACAUGAAGCUGGUCAGGUGUCUGGCAGCUAACCUGAAUGCUUCCAUACCCAAGGAAAAGUACAGUUUUUUCUGGACACUGAGGACUGGUCAGCAGAACAUGACGAUAGCCAACAGCUCCACACAGAGUGUCAGAACCUACCUGUCGUUCAACAUCUCUGAGGGCGACUCCACAUCCGCCAUGUUUGUUCUGGUCAUCAACCACGUGGACUUCUCCUGGGACGGGGAGCUGACCUGUCAGAUGUCGGUCGAUGGGUCCAACUUCACCUCGACCGUCCGUCUUCAAGUCACGGGUCUACCUGAUGUCGAGUCACCUAUCAAUCGGUUCUACACCAACCUAAACACCUCACAGCAGAUCGUCUGUCAGGUGACGUCAUUUCCGCCACCCUCGGAAUAUUCCUGGAGGUUUGCACUUGACCAUUCCAACGCUCACAAGUUCACGACAAUCGCUGCACAGCCCGGGAAGUACCAGAUUUCGGUACGCGAUGACAUCAAUGGGCACCUGAUGAUCCUGACCAUCUUCAACAUUAACCAAUCAGACAUAGGCAUCUACCAGUGCAGCAGUACCAACGAACUAGGGGAAUCUUACGAUUUUGUUGAGAUUGAGUUCUGUGACAGCGGGUACACGCCAAUGAUUGGCGGGAUAGAAUGUAAAGACAUCAACGAGUGCAAGGAGUUCAACGACAUCUGCGACUACCUGUGUAAGAAUCUGAACGGAAGUUACACCUGUGAGUGUCCAGAAGGUCGUGCUUUGAACUCGGACAAAAGGUCGUGUCAAGCCCUGGACUACGAGGAACUACAAGUGAGGAUCGGGCAAGGCAUCGGUCUUGGUGCCGGAGCUGUCUUGGUCCUUGUCCUCGUGUUUGGUGGCGUCGCCUACUACUACAGAUACAGGACCAAGAAGAAACGACGUGAUAGUUUUAUGAACAUUGUUCAUGAACGUGCCAAGAAGACGAGGUCACAAAUAAUGUUGAAACAAUCUCAGUCGGAUGUCACAAUCAAGAGACUGUCUGAGAGAAAGUUUCCCCUGGACCAGACCUGCAUCAACGAGUUCCCACGCGAGAGGCUGCGGGUUCUAGACCAGCUGGGGAAGGGAGAGUUCGGCUGUGUCUGGAUGGCGGAGGCUCUGAACAUCAUCGGGACUGGCAAGUGGGAAGUGGUCGCCGUCAAGAUGGCGCACGAGAGCGCAACUGACCUGGAGAAGAUCGAGUUUGUUAGAGAGUUGGAUCUGAUGUCAAGAAUACCUCGCCACCUGAACGUGGUCAACUAUCUCGGCUGCUGCUCUCUCAUUGAUCCUGUGAUGAUCAUCAUGGAGUAUAUCAGCGGCGGAGACUUGCAGACGUUCCUCAGACAGCGGCGUCGACAGGAUUUCUUCCUCGAGCCCUCCAGCCCACAGCACAACAGGGAACACCUGCCAUUUGGGGACGAUCCCAGGGGUCAUGGGGUCAAUCACAUGUCGUUCAUCAACCCUGGGUUCACACACGACAGCCAACAGCAACUCAACUAUCAACAAUCUAACAACCAACAGUUCAACUCCCCGGAAAGGAAUAUUUCCACUAAAAAAUGUUUAGCCCCGACGCGUUCGGCUGAUUCCGUAAAUUACAUAAAAAAUUCGACAUCUCCCCACCACAGGACUGACCCCGCCAGACACGGCUCCAUACAGAAGAAAAAAAACUCCGCCCACCGCCUUAGAUCAGACACGAUCAGUCUGAUCCGAAUAGACUCGACCAGCGACACCGCUUCCUCUCACGGGGACGACUCACUACCUGUCACCCCCGUCAAGCAUUCAGAAAUAAACUUUUCCACAUCCGGCGGCAUGUCGGAGCCUCGUUCUGAACCACAGCCAGAUUGUGACGUCACAGAUGGUUCACGACAAGCAGAGGUCAGGGAGAAUGACCUACACGAGAACGGACACCGGAAGUUAAGACUAACUAACAGCUGCCCUACGCCGUCGCCGGUAAAACAACAACGGUCUUACGUCACUUCAGACAGGAAACCGGCCUACGUCACAUCCGACACGAUUUCUCUGAGCAGCCGAUCGAGGCAGACGGCGCGGCGAGGCAGCAUGGCCAGCCAGUGCAGCAGUGUGGCCACGGAGAGCUGCUUCAGUCGCAUCACCAGCAUAGACGAGGGGGAGGAGGAGAGGAUCUCGUCCAGCGAUCUCUUCGCUUUCUGCCUUCAGGUGGCGAGGGGUAUGGGGCAUCUGGCUGAGAACAAGAUUGUCCACAGAGAUCUGGCAGCUCGCAAUGUGCUGGUGACUGACAGGGGCGUGUGCAAGAUCACAGACUUCGGGCUGGCUCGAUGUCUGGGGGACACUGACCACUACGACAGGUCGUCCAAGGGCCCACUGCCGGUUAGAUGGUUGGCACCAGAAAGUUUGAUUGACAGAACACACUGCACUAAAUCUGAUGUCUGGGCCUACGGCAUUCUUCUGUGGGAGAUUGUUACGCUAG